AUGGGCUCCGUGUAUCGAGACAGGUUCGACGACUCUCGAACAUCAGUCUCGUCAACCCGACGUGAUGGCGGAUACACAACGGUGAAGCGCUACGUGGUCAAAGAAGAUGACAGCCGCUCCUCUGUAAGCCGGGAUCGGCGCUUUGUCCCCGAGCGUGCAGGUGAAAGGGUGGAGGAGACCCGGAUCGUCCGUCGUGAGGUCGAUGAACCGGUGCGCCGAGAAGAACCCCGCUAUACCGAACGUGAAUUGGUUAUCAAGCGAGAAAGAGACGAUGAACCUCGAAGAGACUAUGUUUACGAUACCAGACGAGAAGAGCCUGCGGCAGAGAGAGAACUCGUUAUCAGACGCACCACUGAGCGCGAGGAGCCUCGUCGAGAUGAUUUUGAAGUCACCCGAUACGACGACCGCAAAGUCGUCGAUACCCGGUUUCGGGACGACUACGAAAUGCUUUCGCCUCGUGGCUAUGACGAUCGUGAUGUUCAACGAUACACCCGCACUACCGACUACUUUGCUCCUCCACCGCCGCCACAGACCAUCAUUAUACGUCAGGAGCCCAUCAUAAUUCGAGAGAGAGUCCGGGACGACGACUAUCAAAUUGUUCGCAAAUCGGACAUUGAUGAAGAGCGCAGCGUUGUCCGAAGAGACCCGCCGCCUCGCUCCCCUCGUGGAGAGGAGGAUUUUUUCUACGAGAAGAAGGUCAGAGAGCGGAUUGACCGAGAUGAUGAUGACUAUUAUGAGCGCCGAAGCCGACGUCGGUCCGUGAGCCCUCAUGAUUCUGUGUCCCAAAGAGGCCGUGAUUAUAGCAGCGACGACAGUAUGGUCUACGUCCGCAAAGAGGUCCGCGAGGAAAGCCCCAGUCCUGAGCGUAAACGGGGCCUUGCCGCCGGCGUCCUUGCUGGGGUCGGUGCCGCUGAGCUUUUACGGAACCACAACAAGAAGGAAGGUCGCGACGUAUCCCAUGGCGUCGGCCGUGUUGGACGUGAUAUUGGAGCUGGUGCUCUAGGGGCUCUUGCCGCUGAAGGCAUCCACCGCGCCAGGUCCAUGCACCGUAGUCGAAGCCGGCACCACUCCCGAUCGGGUUCUCGGUCGCCAAGACGUUCUCGACAUCGCAGCAGGUCUCGUUCUUCGUCUCCGUCGAAGCUGAAGACCCUUGGAGCGGUGGGUCUCGGGGCUGCCGCACUUGCAGCUGCCGCCACUAUCGCUUCCAAGCGCAUGAACAAGUCUAACGACGACGGCGAUCGUGGCCGUUCUCGCAGUCGCUCUCGCUCUCGACGCCGGAGGGAGUCUGUUUCCAGUCUUGAAGAUGAUCCAAAUGCUCCAUCAGACGAUGCGCGCAAUCCCAAGCAUCGUAGAAACACGAUUGCAAAGGCCGGCGCUGGCGGCGCUAUCGUUGCGGCAUUGAUUGAGCAUGCUCGAAGCAAGUCAAGAGCCAGGGAUGGUAAGGAACGGUCGCGAAGCCGCGUUAGACAGGCGCUGCCUGUCGUCGCUGCUGGAUUGGGCAGUGCCGCCGUCGCUGGGUUGUAUGAGAAACACAAGGCAAAGAAGGAAGCCGAAGAGAUCGUCGACGAGCGGCGUCGUGCUCGCUCCAGGUCCAGAAGCAGGGCCCGGUCUGAGCAUGCGUACUACGACGGGCCGAACCAGGGCACGAUUAAUGAUCCUGGUUUAAUCGAGUAUGGAAAUGCGCCUAUGUACGGCAACAAUUACGGCCCAGAUUACUACGGAAGACCGCCACCCCAGGAUGGAUACUACUCGAAUGCUGUUGUGCCAGCUGCCGCAGGCGCAGCAGCGGGUUAUGGGGCACAACGCGGGAACAGAAGUAGAAGCCGGAGUUUGAGUCGUGAACGAGGUGGUCGAAGAUCGUCCCACAGUUCCAGUCCCUCUCCAGGCCGAAGCAGGCGCAGGCAUUCGGGAGAUGCUGCAAAGAUGACUGCAGCCGCAGCCGCGGGAGCAAUCGGUGCCGCCGAGUAUGAGAAGCGAAAACAGGAGAAACGUGAACGUCGAGCACGAAGGCGUCGCGAAGAGGAAGGAUAUGGUCGUGAUCCUUACGAGGACAACUAUAAUCCGGGGACACAAUAUGCUCCUACACCCCCGCCGCCUCCUCCAGUCAGCGAUCCGUAUGCGAAUCAACAAGGCUUCUAUCCUCAGACGAGUCAGUUCCCGCCUCCACCAGGAGCUGCACCUCAGCAAUACCCUCCGCAAGCUGGACCUGGUACAGCUCCAGCCGGUGCCGCACCGUAUCCUCCACAGAACUAUCCGCCUCCACCACCACCACCUCCUCCUCCUGGUGCUCCGCCGGCUCCUGCUCAACCAUAUGAUGCGUAUGCUUCUGGUGCGAACCCUUACGCACCACGUGGCCCUGAAAAUGUGAGUGCUGAGCUGAAUUCUACAUUUGGCAAUCCUUUUGCACCUACUGUUCCCAGCAAUGACCAGCACCAUGUCCCAGAUGGUCUAAAUCGUUCUGCGCCGGCUCCGCCGCCACCGCCGUCAAGCACGCAAGCUCCUUCCUUCAACGACCCAGCCAUUCCUCCGCCCCCGGCUCCCAUCCCCCCGCGUCAAGAAACAUAUCCCCCCCCUUCCGGACGAAGUGUCUCUCCUCCACGGUCUCAAUCUCAGCCGCCACCAUCUAGUCGGAAAAGCGUCCAGUUUGUCGAGACACCAGAGGUUUCUGAUGCUGCGCCGAUCGAAUCUGAAGCAUCAAGUCCCGAAAGACACCGCCAUCGACACAAACAUUCGUACUCUCGUGGCUACGAAGCGGAAGACGAUACGGACUCAACCCCUGAUGAACAACGUCGAGGAAGUCGAGAACAUUCAUCUCGAUCGCUUCAUCCAGACUCAGCCGAGAACGGAGACAGACGGCGGCAUCACCGGCGGCGUCGUUCUCAUGAACCAAGCUCGUCUCGGGGAGAACCAAGCGCCGGUUCCGGCGGCCCAGAACUCGAGCGUGUAACAAGCCCCACUGAUUCCGAUGCUACGAUCGAACUGCCGCCCAGAUUCGACGAAAAGGGACGCAAAAAGCCCGAGCCUGGCGAUGAUCCUCUGGCGGACCGACUAAAUGAAAUCCUGUCCGGCAAGGGAGCAGCAGGAAAGGUGUUUGGCAACUUCUUGGAUGGGUUGUUCGGGCCGGAGGGGAGGAAGAGGAGGAGCAGAUAA